UUCCGCCUAUAUAUAUAUAGUGUGUAUUGAGAAUUUGAUCACGAGUCACGUGACCAUGGGGUCCACUAACCCGAAACGGGAAGUAAUUUAAACCGUAAGAGAAGAAUGUCUAUGUAGGAAACGAAACAUAAGUUAUUGGAGUUGAAAACUACACCAAAACAGAAUGUCUUCUCCAGGAUUAUUUGACGCCUUCCGCUCCAAUGGCGCCCCGACUUACUACGACUCCAACAAAACGCCGUUUAUGGCGGAUAUUUUGGAGUCGGGACUUAUCUACGCCUUCGUUAUCGUCGCUUUCUCCUUCUUUAUCAUCCUUCCCGGUAUCCGUGGAAAAGAGAGAAUAUUUGUGCUUAUUCGGGUGACGGUCACGUUGUUCAUCGGUGGAGUAAUCAUGUUGACGAACUUUGGGUACGAGUGGGAGGUAGCCGAGGCGAAGAAUGUGAGAACCAAAUACAAGGCGGGGUCUGCAGGGGAGAUAACUGCUGACAUUGCGGUGUACAUGGGGCUCCGUGGAAUCAACGUCACCCUGAAAGCAAGUGACGGAGGAAAACCUUACUUUAACGAGACCAUCAACUACAACGAACACUUUGACUGGCGAUGGGAACAGGGACGGUUAGGGUUUGGAAUAUUUGCUGGACGUUUUAACCAGGAGUUCCGGGCCGCCCAGUUUCGCGGCACCCCCUUGCCCAUCAUCUGGAUCGCGGAAUAUUUCACUUUUGACGGGGAGGGGAUCAGAUGGGGUCGUCACUACCGACAGGCGGGCUGGUACGCCCAUAUCAUGAUGUGGCUAGCCCUACCGCUCUGGGUUUUGACCAUAGUUCUUUUCUUCAUCCUCCUGAAGUACGGGGCUUACUUCUUGAUGAUGACCGGCGGGGUGAUGGUCAUUGCUAACAUCCUGUGGGCCACCAUUAGGAACGUCAACGAACUCGUCAUUCCGUUCAGUGCCGAACAUAAACUUGAGUUCCAUUUCGGACCGUCAUUUUAUUUGAAUCUCAUCACAGGACUCCUGUGCAUCAUUCUGGGGGUUGUGAUUUGGGUACUGGAUCUUAGGUUCCCGGAGUUGGUCACCAAUUUCUUUGGAGUCGAUCCUUUACAAGACGAUAGUUUUGUUCAAGGUGGCAGUAUUGAGACGGUAGAGAAUAAAAACGGGAUCGAGAUGCAAGGGGUGGAAAAUGGACACACCGCUCCGGCCCGCGGGAGUAGUCGCCCGUCCCGCCAGGCGGCAGCAGCUGAAGAUGACGACGAUGAUGACGAUGAAAUCUACGAACCUCCGGUAUUUGAACCACCCCCAGCACCCAAAAAUACCAAGUUUGAGAAACGGAAGUCACGUGGUCUGACGCAACGUCUGCAAAAACCGCGGCGCCGCCCACCUCCACCAGUCCCAGGAAACCAAGCGGACGAUGACGACCCAGAUGACCUCUACAGCAAUACCAGGCAAUUCAGCGGCGUUUUUGACAACAAUAUACCUUCUUCCUCUACAAAUCCAGACCAGGUUCAUAUCAACAUGGGAUACCGCCAUUAACAACUGCUUUCAAGUUGGUCUUCAAACGAAAAUCUUCCACAUUCUGGACAUUUGUAAUGUCUCCUUGUCAGGAAUCUGGUGGUUUACAUUAAGUGGAACAUAUCCAAACAUUUUUCUCUUAUUUCUAUCAACAUCUUGUUUAAUAAGUGAUAUUAUAAAUUACUGUGUGUGCCUGUGUGUGAAUCCUCUUGGAGGGAUAUUGCCGGUAAAUGGUCCGGCAUCCCAGAAGUAUAAAAUAAUUGCCAAAUGAAUAGAAAACAAUUAUGACACUUUUCAAGAGAUGCCACAUGUGUUAAAAUAUCUCUUUAUACUGAAUGAAUAAAUCUGAUACUGUUGAUGUAAAAUGGAAACGAGUAGAUGGUCCAAAAAAGUUUUUAUAUUGCACGAUUUCUCAAUAAACUUACCAAUGUA